AUAUUUGUUGCAUAGUAACACGCAUAACGCAGUAACAUUGCAAGACUCGAUCAGAGUACACAUUGAGUGAAUAAAGACGAUUCCAUUCUGAACUAAGGAAUAAAGCAGUUGUGUUUUUCUCAAGAUAUAUUCCCUGCGACAUAUCAUUUUGGCGACGAGGAUUAUUACUGAACCCGGAACCCGAAGCUCACGAGAUUCUGAAGCUAACGAGAAUUAGCGUCAAGGAUGAACAAUGAAAACCUUGAAACCGUUAUCAACCAAAUGGCUCAACUUCUUCAACAGAUGGCUGCUUUUAAAACUAGAAGUCCUGACGAAAUCCUUGAAUCUUUAUCGAAAACCAUCGAGGAGUUUCGUUUCGAUGAAGAAAACAACAUCACUUUUGAAAAAUGGUAUGUACGUUUCAAAGACCUUUUUCAAAACGAUGCCAGCAGUUUGAAUGACGAGGCGAAAGUGCGACUUUUGCUGAGGAAGCUGGAAACGUCCGCUCACAGCCGGUAUGUGAAUUACAUUCUUCCGAAGCAACCGCAUGAAAAUUCGUUUGAAGAAACCGUCAAUAUUCUCAAAAAAAUCUUCGGAAAGCAAUAUUCGGUGUUCCACAAAAGGUACCAGUGCUUGCAGAUAGUGAAAUCUGCAUUAGAAGAUAUCAUCACUUACGGCGGAAGAGUGAAUAAGGCAUGCGAGGAUUCUGAGUUCGAGAAUUUGAAAUUAGACGAUUUCAAAUGUCUAAUUUUCAUUUGCGGACUGCAAGCUCCGGAAUUCUCGGAUAUCAGAGCAAGACUGCUAUCUCGAAUAGAAAACGCGACGCCGGAGGCUAAAGUGAACAUUCAAACACUAAUGGCAGAAUUUCAACGGCUUAUCAAUCUGAAAGCGGAUACAACGAUGAUCGAAAAUCAAUCAAGAUCGAAGCAUUCCGUGCAUGCAGUUUCAGAGAAGAAACCGUAUCGUUUGCCACAGCCUUCCCGAUUCGACAAUUCAAAAGAUCAGCGUCAACCGAAAUCAGAUUCGAAUACUGUCCCUCGUACUCCUUGUUGGCAAUGUGGAAAAAUGCAUUUUGUACGGGAUUGCAAUUUUACAGAUCAUCUCUGCAAAGUGUGCAAAAAUGUAGGCCACAAGGAAGGUUACUGUAAAGCCAUGAGAUCAAAAUCUUCAAACAACAACACAUAUCAAAAGAGUGAGAAGAAUCAAAAUCAAAAUCAAAAGAAAUCUCAGGGAAUUUUCGUUAAUCAUGUCACGAAAAACACUGCUAAAAGGAAAUUUAUCUCUAUCAUAAUCAAUGGCAUAACUACAUCACUCCAACUGGACUCCAACUGUGCAUCGGGAGAACAACUCAAGCUUAUCGGUGAAUUCGAAUGCGAGGUUAUCCUUAAUGCGAUUACAGAGAAAUGUGUUUGUUUUGUUACAUCAUCACCAGUCCUAAAUGUUAUAGGUAUAGAUUGGAUAGAUAGGUUUAAUCUAUGGGCAAUUCCCUUCGAUGUACUGUGUAAGAAAGUUUCAUCAGCAUGUCCAAAGGAUCGAAUAGUACAGCUUCAAUCGAAAUAUCCAACAGUUUUCGAUGAUUCGCUUGGACAUUGCACAAAAACGAAGGUGAAACUGUUUCUGAAGCCCAAUGUAAAACCAGUUUUCUGUCCAAAACGACCAGUACCAUUCAAUACUAUCGCUCUUGUGGAUGCGGAACUAUCAAGACUACAAUCACUAGGCAUCAUCACACCAAUAGACUUUUCGGAGUGGGCUGCUCCGAUAGUAGCCAUUCGCAAGCCUAAUGGUAAAGUUCGAAUUUGUGCGGAUUAUUCGACGGGGCUUAACGAAGCUUUAGAGUCAAAUCAUUAUCCUCUACCUACUCCUGAAGAAAUUUUUGCACAGUUGAACGGAAGUGUUGUAUUCAGCAUAGUCGAUUUGUCCGAUGCAUACCUACAAGUAGAAGUAGAAGACGAAUCUAAACACCUUCUUACGAUCAACACACAUAGAGGUCUUUUUCAGUUCAACCGUCUCGCACCGGGAGUCAAAUCAGCACCUGGAGCUUUUCAAAGACUAGUUGACGGUAUGAUUGCUGACAUUCCUGGCGUUAGAACAUUUCUAGAUGAUGCUAUAAUUUUCGGUAAAACUUGGGAGGCACACAAGCAAUCAUUAGACACAUUUCUUCAGCGUUUAAAAGAAUAUGGCUUCCACGUCAAGCUGGAAAAAUGUCAUUUCUAUCAAACUGAAAUUGUCUAUUUGGGGCAUGUGGUAGAUCGCAACGGCAUACGUCCUGACCCAGAGAAGCUGAAAACCAUCGCAUCUAUUCCAGCACCAACGAACAUUUCCGAAUUAAGAUCGUUCUUAGGAGCUGUGAAUUUCUACGGCCGAUUUGUGAGAAACAUGCAUGAACUCAGACACCCGUUAGAUCAAUUGCUAAAGAAGGAUACGAAGUGGAAGUGGAAUUCGGAUUGUCAGACAUCGUUCGAAAAAUUCAAGAAAGUACUGCAAUCUGACUUACUGUUGACACAUUAUGAUCCGAAUCUUCCUAUCAUCGUUGCAGCAGAUGCGUCUAGCACCGGCGUUGGCGCAGUCAUUUUUCAUAAAUUUCCGAACGGAUAUUUGAAAGCCAUUCAACAUGCUUCAAGAACAUUAACGUCUGCAGAACAAGGCUACGGACAACCGGAAAAAGAAGCUCUGGCUCUUACUUAUGGGGUAACCAAAUUUCAUAAGUACUUACUUGGUCGGAAAUUUACUCUUUUAACCGAUCAUAAGCCUUUACUAUCCAUAUUUGGUUCAAAAAAGGGAAUUCCUUUGCACACAGCAAACCGACUCCAACGGUGGGCAUUGAUGUUAUUAAACUACGAUUUUACCAUCGAAUAUGUUUCAACCACCGAGUUUGGGUGCGCUGACAUGCUAUCAAGGCUAAUCGACCGUUGCAAGCAACCAGAGGAAGAUUACGUUAUAGCUUCGAUUUCACUUGAAGAGGAUAUUCAAAACGUCAUGCACGAAUCAUUGAAACAAGUACCAGUAUCAUUUGCUGACAUUCAAAAAGCAACAAGAUUGGACGAAACACUGCAAGCUGUUUUGAAAUUCAUCCGGGAAGGCUGGCCGAACGAAGCGUCGUCAAUCAAAAAUCAAGACAUUCGUUCGUAUUACACACGAAAAGAAUCGUUAACGCAUGUAGAUGGAUGUAUCUUGUUUCACAACAGAGUUGUUGUUCCAAACAUUUACAGGAAAAAGGUACUUCAACAAUUCCAUCGCGGUCAUCCUGGAAUGGUGCGAAUGAAAUCCAUUUCUCGAAGUUUCGUUUUCUGGCCGGGAAUGGAUGUCGAUAUCGAAAACUUUGUCCGGCGUUGUACUUCAUGUUGCACUGCUGGCAAAGCACCAAUCAAAGAAACACCUGAAUCUUGGCCUGUGCCGGAAAAGCCAUGGUCACGGGUACACGUGGACUAUGCCGGUCCUGUAGAUGGCGUGUAUUUUUUGGUUGUAGUUGAUCCAUACACAAAAUGGCCAGAAGUAUAUGCAACCAAAACUACAACAGCAAAGACAACUAUCAAGUUUUUAACGCAAUCAUUCGCAACGUUUGGUGUUCCAGAAACUAUAGUCUCUGAUAAUGGUACCCAGUUCACCAGCUUUGAAUUCCAAGCAUUUUGCAAACAAUUGGGUAUUUGUCACAUCCGUACUGCACCAUACCAUCCGCAGUCAAACGGUUUGGCAGAACGUUUCGUGGACACACUAAAGCGUACAUUGCGAAAAAUUCGAGCAGGAGGAGAGACUUUAGAUGAAGCUUUGCAGACUUUUUUGCAAGUUUAUCGAACCACACCUACACCAGAUAAGUCUCCAGCUGAAUUGAUGUUUCAGCGGCCUAUUCGAACAGUUCAGUCAUUAUUACUACCUCCAGUUUCACGGUCACGAAAUGAAAAGCCAGAAGCUGGUAGAAAAUUCUUCGAUCCUGGAGAAGCGGUUUAUGCCCAAGUCCACCGCAAUAAUUCCUGGGAGUGGAAACCGGCAUCAAUAGUCGAACGAGUCGGUAGAGUGAAUUACAACGUGUUUUUGGAAGACAACCAGCGAAUUAUUCGCUCACAUGCAAAUCAACUGAAGAAGCGUCUACAGGAGGAAACAUCGUGUGGAAAUAGAAAUUGUCACGACACUGGAAAUUUGUUAACUAUUUUCUUUGACGAAUUUGAAUUGGGAACUCCACAGGCAGUUGAAAACUCAAUUGAAAUGACUGAACAAGAACAUUACUAUUCAGCUGAUGAAGAGUCCGCUGAAGAAAUUGAAGGAGAAAAUUGGCAAACAUCAUCGUCCACAGUUACUACUCAAGCCACUCCACCGAUGCCUGCAUCUUCUGCUCAACCCGUGAAAGCGGAAAGACCUCGAAGAAUUCGUAGGCCACCAGCCAGGUUUGAACCGUAUUGGUGA